AGCUAACCCAGGGGUUGAGCCUAAGACGCAGGCUGUACACUCCUUCCUUUCCCUUCCAGCCCCACACUGAAGCCUGACUGCCAUGGGGCCCCACACUCCUCUCCUUGUUCUGUUUCUCCUGUCCCUUCCCAAGUCCCUUCAGGGACAGCAGCACCACCUCGUGGAGUACAUGGAGCGCCGGUUGGCUGCCCUGGAGGAGCGACUGGCCCAAUGCCAGGACCAGAGCAGCCGACAGGCUGCUGAGCUUCGGGACUUCAAGAACAAAAUGUUACCCCUGCUGGAGGCAGCAGAAAAGGAACGGGAAACCCUCAGGUCUGAGGCGGACAGCAUCGCAGGCAGGGUAGACCGGCUGGAGCGGGAGGUUGACUACCUAGAAACCCAGAAUCCUGCCCCACCGUGUAUAGAGGUAGAUGAGAAGACAACAGGAGGACCUGGGGCCAAGGCCAAAGGCAGAAGGAAUGAGAAGUAUGACCUUUUGACAGAAUGUAGUCACACAAUCUCCCAGGUGAGAUCCAUGAAGAUCCUGAAGCGUUUUGGGAGCUCAGCAGGGAUGUGGACCAAGGACCCACUGGGGCCAUCAGAGAAGAUCUUUGUGCUUGAUGGGACUCAAAAUGACACAGCCUAUGUCUUCCCACGCUUGCGUGACUUCACCCUCUCAUCAGCUGCCCGCAAAGCAUCUCGUGUCCGGCUGCCAUUCCCCUGGGUGGGCACUGGGCAACUGGUAUAUGGAGGAUUCCUCUACUAUGCUCGAAGGCCCCCGGGGGGACCAGGUGGAGGUGAGGAUCGAGGGGACAUGUUGCAGCUCAUCAAAUUCCAUUUGGCAAACCGGACUGUGGUGGACAGUUCCGUGUUCCCCGCUGAAGGGCUAAUCCCUCCCUAUGGGCUCUCUAAGGACACAUAUAUUGACUUGGCAGCAGAUGAGGAGGGGCUGUGGGCUGUCUAUGCCACCCAGGAGGAUGACAGGCACUUAUGCCUGGCCAAGCUGGACCCACAGACAUUGGACACAGAGCAGCAGUGGGACACCCCCUGCCCACGGGAAAAUGCAGAGGCUGCCUUUGUCAUCUGUGGGGCGCUUUAUGUUGUCUAUAACACCCGCCCUGCCAGUCGUGCCCGUGUCCAGUGUUCCUUUGAUGCCAGCGGUGCGCUAACUCCAGAGCAGGCAGCACACCCUUACUUCCCCCGUCGUUAUGGAGCCCAUGCCAGCCUCCGAUAUAACCCUCGAGAGCGCCAACUUUAUGCUUGGGAUGAUGGCUACCAGAUUGUCUACAAACUAGAGAUGAGGAAGAAGGAAGAAGAAGUAUGAGAGAGCCUGCCUUCCCUCAACUUUGUCUCACUCAUUUUCCUGUUCUUCAAUCUCCAGAUUCUUCAAAUUUGGGUAAAUUGUAGUUGAAUUCUCAUAUUUUAUGCUGCUUGGAGCCAAAAUACUCACAGCCCUUGGUUUGAUGUGGAACAUGGGCUCCAAAGCCUUCAAUGUUCUUGUUAUAGCCAGAAGGAGAAAAAUCCCAAACCUGGUAGUCAUACUAGCUUGGGUCCCCUGCCCCAUUUCUUCAAAUUUCAAACCAAUCCAGGAAGAAUCAGGCCCAGAGAACUCUGGGCCCUGAAUGAUGGGAGUAGGGGAGGGGUGGACAAGGGGUGGGGCCAGGGCAGAGACCAUAGUGGGGAGUGGGAAGCAAGCACAGGGCUUCAUGCUCUUGGGAGUGGGGAGGUGCAAGGUGCAAAACCCCAUAAUUCUAUUACAUCACCACACCUUUCUUUCUCCAUACCACCCUCACCUCACCUCUACCCUAGGAGAACUGAAGUUCUCUUAACACUGUUUUAUAUUGCAGUAUUUUGCAUUAAAUGGG